AUGACUGACUUCUUGGAAGACUGGGGCUCUGGCUCCAUAUCCACCAACCAGACCCAGCCUGUACUCGCCUCUACCUCCAACAGGACCUUGGUGACUUUCCAGGGUUUGGAGCUGGUGCAGCAGCUGAAGGCACUGAUCAUCUUGCUGUAUACAGCCGUGGUGGUGGUGGGCUUGCUGGGGAACUGCUUGCUGGUCCAUGUCAUUGUGCGGGUGAAGAAGAUGCACAAUGUUACCAACUUCCUCAUUGGGAACCUGGCUCUGUCUGACGUGGCCAUGUGCACCACCUGCAUUCCACUCACCUUGGCCUAUGUCUUUGAGCCCCGUGGCUGGAUCUUUGGCAGCACCAUGUGCUACUUUGUCUACUUCAUGCAGCCUGUCACCGUCUAUGUCUCUGUCUUCACUCUGGCCACCAUCGCCAUGGACCGGUACAUUGUCAUUGUCCACCCGCUAAGGCGCCGCAUCUCGCUACAGCUCACUGCCUACGUGGUGCUCUUCAUCUGGAUACUCUCUGGCUGCUUGGCACUCCCCGCCAUGGCUCACACCUACUAUGUGGAGCUGAGCCAGCAGGGGAUCACCUUGUGUGAGGAGUUCUGGGGGAAGCAGGAGAGCCAGCGGCAGACUUAUGCCCUCUGCCUGCUGCUCAUCACUUACCUCUGCCCCUUGCUGGCAAUCCUGGUCUCCUAUACCAAGAUCUCCCUUAAGCUUAAGAACAGGGUCAUGCCAGGUACUGUCACCCAGAGCCAGGCUGAUUGGGACAGAGCCAGGCGCAGGAGGACCUUCUGCCUACUGGUCAUGGUGGUGGUGGUCUUUGGGGUGUGUUGGCUGCCUUUGCAUACUUUCAACCUCAUCCGGGACAUCAACAUCAAUGCCAUCGAUGCCUAUUAUUUCAGCCUGGUCCAGCUGCUGUGCCACUGGUUUGCCAUGAGCUCUGCCUGCUACAACCCCUUCAUCUAUGCCUGGCUGCAUGAUAGCUUCAGGGAGGAGCUAAAGACGUUACUUGUCUGGCACAGGAAGGUAGCUCCUUAUGGACAAAGUGUGACUGUCAGUGUUGUUAUCUGA